ACCUGUCAUAGCUCAUAGUAUUCGAACGUUUGUUAAACGCGUGAUGUCAUUAUUGUUUGAUGUUAAUAUUAUUGUUUUGUGAUUUUCGUUUGUCAUAGCGUUGACAACUAUUACGUUAAGUUCAUAGUGUGUAACGUUAUUGAAAUUACGGGGACGACGUUUCGUUAAAGAGCGAAGGACGGAGAAUUCUGAUAUCGUCAAUCUAAUCGGAGUCAUCCGCUCGAGAUGAUGAAUUUUGAAGAAGAAAGUGGAUCCGUGAGAUCCUCAUCACGAUAUAUUUGUUGUUGUCUCGCAACAGCUAGAUAUAACAGUUCAAAUGCAUAUAGAUAUUUUGUAGACCAUCCAGUCUGAGUAUAUUGUCAGCCGAAGUAGGCAAGGACUAUGAAUGCAUUACAAAAUCAAAAUACUCAUGAAUUAAUUCAGUGUAGAUACGAUAAUAGUAAUAAUAACUACAGAUUAAUGGAAUAUAUUAAUUUGGAUAACCGUAUAAACGAUCCUCUCAGUGAACCAGAGGUAACUAUGAGUUUAAAUGAAAGUUCAGCACAAUUACCAGUCCAUCCUUUGGAGGAAUUAGAAGAAGAUAUGUUUGAUGAUGAAGCUGAUGCUAUGAUUCAAGAUAUAAGUACAGAAUCUGAGGAACAAGUAGUACCAUCCAGUCAGAUAAGUAAUAUUUAUAAGUAUCAGGAGGAACUUACUAUUUCUGAUGACGAGGUAGAUGAGGGUAUAUUUGAAGACGAACCAACAUCUAAUUUAGUAUUACCUGAUGAUAAUAACAGGCAUGAUUCUCAACCUCCGUGAAUGCCUAUCUGGUUGUAGUUGAUGUGUUUGUAGAGUAGCACUCUGUGCUCACUUACUAUCAACAUCUAAUGUUAUUCUGUUCUUCCAUCAACCAGAAUUACAGAACAUAUUUUAAGUUCUGUGAUAGUAACAUUAGAGUAUUGAUUGAUGUUUUAUACAAGAAGAAAGCAUUCCAUAUGAUAUUAUAAUUUGCAAUCAAUCGUAAUUUAAUAUACAACCAAGCAUUAACCAAUUAUAUUAAAUAUAAUGCAUGUUUCUGUUAAACUUGGAUGUAUCAAUGAAUGAGAGAUUUUAUAAUGGUUACUUGAGAUUGAUAUAAAUUUUAUUUGAGAUUUUAGUAUGAGAAUUAUAUAUAUAUAUUUAUUAUACAAUAUGAUACAUAUAUUUUUGAGGUCAUUAUUUUUGUGAUUAUUACAAUUACCUGAACAUAAAAAAAGAUAAGCAAAGAAUAACCCUUAAAUUAAAUUGUAUAAAUCCAUUUUAUCGAAAUGUAACAUGGUAUUAAUACUCAAUAAUAAAACAUUCAUUUCAAUAUUUUGCAAUUAUUCAAUCGCAAAAUAUACAUAGUAAUUGAGUAUUCAGUUACGAUUGUUUUACGCCUAGAUGACGUGCUCCAAAUAAUUGCAUGUAUGAUGAAGGAAAUAUAUGAAUAAAAUUUAAUUAAAGGAAA